CGUGCAAACAUCCGGUUUUGUGAAAAUGGAAAUAAAAUUGCAACAAUGCUUUGACUAACAGCUUUGACGCAGGGAGUGUUGCCACACUGUAGAUAUGUUUUCUCACAUUGUUUCCAUGCUGAUGAAAUGUAAAGAUGGAGGCUGGCAGCCUUGUUUCAAGCAGAGAGGACAUCUCUUCGUUGUUUCCUGAGCAAACGACUGGUCCCAAGAAUAAAGAUUUAAGCAGCCAGUUUUCCUCCGUGAGACAAGUACGUGGGGACGGAAAUUGCUUCUACAGAGCCCUCUUCUUUGCGCACUUGGAGUCAGUCUUACACAAUGCCAGGGCUCUGCAGAGAUUAAAGGAGAGAAUAGUUCAAACAUGUGAGGACUUCACCUCUGCGGGAUUUGAUGAGAGUUCCUUUAAGCAGCAAUUGAGCACAGUUGUAAAUGUCGUGGAGCAGUGUCAGGCUGAUGAGCAGGAGAACCAGCUACUGCGACUCUUCAAUGAGCAGUUGACCUCUGAUGGCGUGGUGCAGUAUCUCAGACUGCUCACUUCAGCACACCUGCAGAACAAUGCAGACUUCUUCUGCAACUUUGUAGAGGCACCAAACCUGCACAUGUACUGUCAGCAGGAGGUGAGGCUAUGGCGAUGGAGAGUGAUCAUGUGGACAUCUUAGCUCUUUCACAGGCCUUAGAUAUCUGCAUCCACAUAGUCUCCAUGGAGGGAGAUGACCAGCAGUUAGCUCACCACAUCAUUCCAGAGGGAGCCGAACCGUCAGUACACCUCCUGUAUCAGACGUCUCACUACACAUUCUCUACCCAGAUUGGAGCAAUGACAAGUAAUCCACAAGGACUCUCAGGGAAAUUGACCUUGGGUGGAAAAAUUCCAAAAACGGGCUCUUAGACAGAAAAACAGAUUUUUAUAAAAUCUUGCCGUGUACAGCGAAUGGACAGUAUUUUUUACACAUUUUUAUGAUAUUAUUCCAAUGAAUGAAACUGUCUUUAUGUAAAAAUCAGACUUAAAUUCCAUCAAUAUGAUCUCUGAACCACGUUUAUUAACAUGUCACUGCUGCUCUUCUUUCUUUUGUUUUUUCUGCUUCUGUCGAGCGCCUCUCUUCAACUUCUGUUCGCUCUCCUGUAAUGAUACCAUGGUGAGUGCACUUUCCUUCCCUGCUCGCGGCAGGUGAGGCAGGGAGAGCUUCCCCAUCUGGGUCGGGUACCUGGUCUUUAUCAAAUUCUUGAACACUGGCUGAGAGAUCAAAUGCUUCAAAUGCUUCUUCAUCCCCUUCACCAUUCUCUGCUGCUCCCUGUCAGUGUCCCUCAUUCUUCCCUUUGCCUGUAGAAAUACACAUCACAUUCAGCUGUCCGUAUUUGAAUUUUUAGCAUGACAGAAUGUGGGGACAGGAGAUUAUAAUACCGAUUAAAAGAUCGUCAUCCAGGUCCACCUCCAGGGCUUCUGCUGCCUGCCUGAACCAGGAGUUGUGGUGCUUUUCUCUGCUGUUGUGGAACUCGAUCUUUUCUAUCUGUCUGGCCAAGUUGACCCGCUCCUUUAUGGGGACACACACACAACUUUUAACAACCAAAUAUAAUCUCUUAACUGUCACAGAAAGAUGGUGAACCUAACACGGGUCUCACCUUGAUUGCCUCCAUGCAUGUGGUCUCUACAGGGAAUAAGGGGAGCUCCUCGUCCUUCCCGAGAGUCUUGUAAAAUCUUUUUGAAGUUCAUCAUGUCGUCUGGGCCGAUGAGCAGCAAACUGAGACCCUCUUUGGUGGCCCUUGCUGUUCUGCCGCUCCGAUGGACGUAGGUCUCAGACGUUCUGGGAACCUAGAUAGUUUUAUAUUAAUUACUAUUCUUGUUGAAAACAGGCAUGCACUUGUGUUUUGAAUUUGUUACUAGCUUUCAGAAAGUAAACAAAUGCUAUGAACGAAUGUCAAAACAGGCUAACCUGGUAGUGAAUAACAUGCUGAACGUUCGGGGAUAUCCAGUCCUCUAGCGGCCACAUCAGUAGUCAGCAAAAUGCAACUGUGAAAGACAUCAGGGAGCACAGGGAGGAAUUAAAAAAUGUAGGACCAUCAUAUAUGCAGGUGAAAAAUGAUUACGGGUUCAGUCUGUUCUUUUUUUUCUGAGACAGAAGUAAGGAUUCUUUGGUUUCAGUUGGUUUGUCCAUAAAAAAAAAAUGCAGUAGAGGUUGUCUUUUUUAAAGACUGUUACUAAAAUGUUAAAUUGUUGAUUUUCUAAGUAGAUACUAUAAAACACAACAUCUGAGAAUGUUACUUCUACGACACAAGAUUUGGAAGUUACCACGUUCAUAUUUUCAGCUAAAAUGUGCAACACAAACACAAGUCCAGACAAAUCUAGAUCACUCGACUUAUUUCUCAAUCCUGGACCUCAGAGAGGUAGAAAGUGAUACAGUUUCUGUCCUUUGUAGCAGCUUAUCUCUGUCGUUACACCUUUAAUAACCGUCAAAAUAUCACUACUGAAGAGAGUUCAUUUAACACAGAACCAACUGUUACUGUUUGUAAACUUGUGAUUAAGAAUGUAUUCUGUAUCAUGCAUGCAUUUUAAUAAAACUUAACAGAACUCUUAAA